GAGUUUCAGAAACGGUUAUCCAAAGCAAAGAGAAUCGUUGUUGUUGGCAAUGGAGGGAUUGCCCUGGAAUUAGUGUUUGAGGUGGAGGGCUGUGAGGUGAUCUGGGCUGUGAAGGACAAGGCCAUAGGAAACACCUUCUUUGACCCCGGGGCGGCACAGUUUCUCAUCCCGUCACUGGAGGCCGACAAACCAGAAAGAGCUGCUCCCUGCAAGAGAACUCGCUACACCACCGAGGAACCAGCACCUGGAGGAUCCCAGACCUUCACAGCAGAUAAGAACGCACGGGGGCAUGGUUCUGGUCACACAGAGGCUGGCAGUGCCCUCGGUCCAGACUGGCACGAAGGAAUAGUUCUACGAGGAGCAGAGCAGGUGUCCCGCAGAGUUUCAUUGGAAUACCAGUGUGAGGUGGAAAAGAUCUUCACCUCUGAGGAGCUGCUCAAAUCCCCGCAGCAAACACUCAGACCCGAGAACGGAGGAUCCUGGCCAGUUCACAUCCAGCUGACCAAUGGCAAGACAUUUGGCUGUGAUUUUGUUGUCAGUGCCACCGGUGUCGUGCCAAACACUGAGCCAUUUCUCCAUGGCAACAAGUUUGCACUGGCAGAUGAUGGUGGCCUGCAGGUAGAUGACCACAUGAUGACAUCAGAGCCUGACGUGUAUGCUGCAGGAGACGUGUGCACUGCAUGCUGGGAACACAGCCCACUGUGGCAGCAGAUGCGUUUGUGGACGCAGGCCCGUCAGAUGGGUUGGUACGCCGGUCGCUGCAUGGCGGCACACGUCCUAUCAGAACCAAUAGAGCUGGACUUCUGCUUCGAACUCUUCUCACACAUUACCAAAUUCUUCAACUACAAGGUGGUCCUGCUGGGAAAGUUUAAUGGGCAAGGGCUGGGGCCCAACCAUGAACUGCUGAUACGCUGUACCAAAGGCCAGGAGUAUGUCAAGGUCGUUCUCAGUGGAGGUAGGAUGGUGGGAGCGGUGCUGAUUGGGGAAACAGACCUGGAGGAGACCUUCGAGAACCUGAUCCUCAACCAGAUGGAUCUGACCCCGUACAAAGAGGAGCUGCUCAACCCCAACAUUGAUAUAGAGGACUACUUUGAUUGAGCAUGAGGGUGGUGAUUUAGGAGCAUGUUGAGCAACACAAACUCACGAAUGAUGCAAGGUAGAUGACAUCAAUGAAGAAAUAAGAAAUUAAGGAAUUGUACAUUCUAUCUUAUCCAAGCUAAUGGAUGUGUCAGAUUUUUUUGGCAAUGAGAAUCAAGAGUGAUUAUCUUGGUUCUUAUUAAUCCACUUGUAUAUUUAAGAAUAUAUUUUUGCUUUAAAAUAAAUUAUUUUCAAAACCGAG